GCCAUCAGCAUCAGCAAAGCCAUAAACACACAAGAGGCCCCGGUGAAGGAGAAGCACGCCCGCCGGAUCAUCUUGGGGACACACCAUGAGAAGGGAGCGUUCACCUUCUGGUCCUACGCCAUUGGGCUGCCCCUGCCCAGCAGUGCCAUCCUCAGCUGGAAGUUCUGCCACGUCCUGCACAAGGUCCUGCGCGAUGGCCACCCCAACGUCCUCCAGGACUGCCAGAGGUACCGCAGCAACAUCCGAGAGACAGGGGACCUGUGGGGCCAUUUGCACGACAGGUACGGGCAGCUGGUGAACAUCUACACGCGGCUCCUCCUCACCAAGAUCUCCUUCCACAUCAAGCAUCCCGAGUUCCCCGCGGGCCUCGAGGUGUCCGAUGAGGUGCUGGAGAAGACUGCAGGGACGGAUGUGAACAACAUCUUCCAGCUGACGGUUGAGCUGUUUGACUACCUGGACUGGGAGCUGAAGCUGUCAGAGUCAGUUUUCAGGCAGCUCAACACCUCGAUGGCGGUCUCGCAGAUGUCGGCGGUGCAGUGCCGCCUGGCCCCCCUCAUCCAGGUCAUCCAGGACUGCAGCCACCUCUACCACUACGCCGUCAAGUUAAUGUUCAAGCUGCAUUCCUGUGAGUGCCAGGGGUUGUGCCCUUCCCUCCUGCCACCCCUGCGAGCACCUUUUCUUUCCUCCCUCUCCAGCCUCAAAAACUUCUUUAAGAAGGCCUCCGACAUGCUGUACUUCAAGCGGCUCAUCCAGAUCCCCCGGCUGCCGGAGAGCCCCCCAAACUUCUUGCGGGCAUCUGCACUGGCUGAGCAUGUGAAGCCAGUGGUUGUCAUCCCUGAGGAAGCCCCUGAGGACGAGGAGCCAGAGAACCUCAUUGAGAUCAGCACAACUUCCACAGAGCCACAGAUCACCUCGGAUGUAUUUGAGCAAACCUUCGGGCCACCCAAUGGCAUUCGGGAUGACAGGGACGGGCAGAUCGAGAGCCUCAAGAGGGAGGUGGACAUGCUCCGUGCAGAGAUGGAGAAGAUUAAGCUGGAG